AAUCCACUCAUUCUCAGAGAAGCACUCUGGCUUUUUGUAUUUAAUUCUUUCAAAAUGAGUGCCGGCAAAUGGGAGAACAAUGAGGAAAUUCAAAUAUUCCAGGAAUACUUGCGUAUUCCAUCAGUACAUCCGGAUAUUGAUUACAAUUCUUGCGUGGAGUUUAUCAAGCGUCAGGCUGAAUCCCUCAAACUUCCCGUGGAAGUAGUUUAUCCAGCUGUUAAGUCCAAGCCCGUGGUGAUUAUCAAGUGGCUGGGAAAAGAGCCGGAGCUUCCCACAAUCAUCCUCAACUCGCACAUGGAUGUGGUUCCCGUGUUUCCGGAGAUGUGGACUCAUGAACCCUUUUCCGCGGACAUAGAUGAGGAGGGAAGGAUCUUUGCGCGGGGCACCCAGGACAUGAAAUCUGUGGGCACCCAGUAUCUAGGAGCUAUUCGACUGCUCAAGGCCAGUGGCUUCCAGCCCAAGAGGACUUUGUACGUGACCUUCGUGCCGGACGAAGAGAUUGGCGGCCAGUUGGGCAUGGCGGAGUUCGUUAAAACGGACUACUACAAGCAUAUGAAUGUGGGAUUCAGCCUGGACGAAGGAGCCACCAGCGAAAGAGAUGUGCACCAUUUGUUCUUCGCCGAACGUUUGCGAUGGGGACUCAAAUUGCACGUUAGUGGAACAUCUGGCCACGGAUCGCUUCUGCUGCCCAACACCGCCGGCGUGAAACUGAACUAUGUGCUGAAUAAACUCACGAAGUUCCGGAGCUCGCAGGUGGAGACUCUGGCGAGGGACUCCAGUCUCAGCGUCGGCGAUGUGACCACCGUGAAUCUCACUCAGCUAAGCGGUGGAGUCCAGAGCAAUGUGGUUCCUCCGCACUUCGAGGCGGUCUUUGACAUGCGCAUUGCCAUCACCGUGGAUGUGGUUGCCUUCGAGAAACAGAUUCGCGACUGGUGCGAGGAAGCGGGAGGCGGCAUCGAAAUCGAUUUCUUCCGGAAGGAACCCUAUAUAGGACCCACCAAGCUGGACAGCUCGAACCCCUACUGGUUAGCUUUCAAAGCCGCCAUCGAUGAACUCGGAUUGAAGGUCCAUCCAAUAGUCUGCCCUGGCGCCACUGAUAGCCGUUUUAUUCGCGAAAAGGGGACGCCUGCAAUUGGAUUUUCACCCAUUACAAACACCACCAUGCGUCUCCAUGACCAUGACGAGUUUCUACAGGCUGAUGUGUAUCUCAAAGGCAUUGAAGUGUACAAGAAGAUUAUUCGCAAUCUGGCUGAAGUCUCACAAACUGAUAAGCAAUGAUCCCUAUUAUCAGAUUAAAUAGGGUCGAAUGUUUGUGGCUCUUAUCUUAUCAAAUGUAAUCACAGAUUUUACUACAUCUUUACAUUAUAGAUGACAAGAUAUAACUCUUACUAUUUACAUAAAGGAAAAUUAAAUAGUUUUUUUGUUUCCAAUUUAAUAAUUAUAUUUUUAAGUCUUUGCAAGCUCCUAUAGACAAUAAACAAUUGUGUCGCACUUUAAAAAGAA